GAACUGCACUGGGCGACUUCGAUCGUGUUGAUCGGGGCGUUGUUGAGUUGAUUCUGACUUCGUUGUAACCAGCAGACAAGCACUAUUUCAGUAUUUGGACGUUUCAGGAAGCCUCCUAACUGCUGGCCACCAUGUCUGAUGACUUGCCGUUCAAGGCAGAGUAUGCCAAGUCGGGACGCUCGUCCUGUAAAGCAUGCAAGUCCGCAAUUUCAAAGGACUCCCUGCGUCUUGCCAAAAUGGUGCAGUCGCCCCACUUUGAUGGCAAGAUGCCAACAUGGUUUCACAUAGCCUGCUUUUUCAAGAAGAAUGCCAUUUCAUCGCAGGGAGAUAUCGGUGGCUUUGAUGGCCUGCGCUGGGAUGACCAGCAGAUGAUGAAGCAGCGCAUUGCUGGCGGCGGAGGCGCCGUCGGCGGGUCGGUUGCGGCGCCGACUGGCAAGGUGGCCGACCGCUUGAGGACGCGUGCCGACCUGCAGGUGGAGUAUGCCAAGUCUAAUCGUGCCAUGUGCAACGGGGGAUGCGGAGCGAAUAUUGCCAAGAACGAGGUGAGAAUUGCCAAGAUGGAUGAUCCAGAUCCAGACGCAAUGUACGGUCACGGGAAUUUGAUUCCGCGCUGGCACCACGUGGAAUGUUUCGUGAAGAGGCGCGCGGAGAUUGACGUCAGCGAGGACGUCUCUGCCGACAUGCUUACCGGAUUCAAGCAGAUGAAGAAAGCCGAUCAGGAGAUGCUCACUAAGAGUCUGGGCGGCCCAGUCAAGACAGAAGUCAAACCGAAAAAGCGCAAGGCCGAAGAUGAAAUUGAUGGCGGUGCACCGCUGAAGAAGGUGAAGUCGCCCGAGGAAGAGAAAGAAGAGAAGACACUCAAGGACCAAAGCGAAUCUGUCUGGAAGAUUCGCGACAAGCUCCGCCAGUUUGUUUCCAACAAUGGCUUGAAGGAGUUACUGGAGGAGAACAGUCAGGAUGUUCCCAGCGGGGGCGAAAGUCGGUUGCUGGAUCGUACUAGCGACAUGUUUGCGUUUGGCGCAGUGGAACGCUGCAGCACAUGCAAGACGGGACAAUUUGUCUUGCGAGGUGAUUUGUACGCAUGCUCUGGUAAUCUCACUGAAUGGACCAAGUGCCAAGAGACUACGCUCGACCCGAAACGCUUCAAGCCAGUUGUCCCUGCAACCAUGCUGGACAUCGAGUACUUGAAGACGUUCAAGUUCAAGGUGAAAAAGCGCAUCUUCCCGAAACUGACAGCAAUUGCCACGUCGGAUAGUCUUGCAAGUGCUUCUUCGCUUUCAACACGCCCAGCAGACCUGCCGUUCAAGGAUCUGAAAUUCGCAUUUGUUGGUCGUGUCAAAGGCAAGGCGGCUAUGGAGAAACGCAUUGCUGAGCUUGGUGGAAAGGUCGCAACCAAGAUUUCUGAUGAGCUCUUCUGUGUUGUUUCUAUCGCAAGUGAGGUGAGCAAAAUGUCAGACAAGAUCAAAGCCGCGGAAGCAGCGGACGUGCCAGUUGUGGACGACUCGUUCGUGGAGGAUGCCGCAGCUGGCGCGAUGGAGCUGAAGAUCAACAAUCACAAGUUGGCUACUUGGGGAUUGAAGAAACAUCACACGAAGAGCGGCGGUGCUCCAGUCAAGUCAUCCGCCAAACGCUCAGCAGGAACCGAUUCCACGGAUGGUGGUGCAGCGAAGAAAAUGAAGAUCUCAGUGAAAGGCGGGGCGGCAGUCGACCCCGAGUCAGGCAUGGAGAGCACUUGUCAUGUGCUGGAGGAGAGCGGUGGUAACAUCUACAGCGCCACGCUAGGCAUGGUGGACAUUCAGCGCGGCACUAACUCCUACUACAAGCUGCAGGUGCUGGAACAGGACAAGGGUGCCCGCUGGCACGUGUUCCGUGCCUGGGGCAGAGUGGGCACAACGAUCGGUGGUAAUAAAACAGAGCCAUACCAUAGCCGUGACAACGCCAAGGCACAGUUCACACAGCUCUAUCAAGAAAAGACAGGCAAUGCUUGGUCUGACCGAAAACACUUUGUCAAGGUUGUGGGCAAGUUCUACCCGCUGGAGAUUGACUACGGUCAGGAUAAUGAAGAUUUGAAGAAGAUGAAGUUGAAGGUGCAGCCUGGAUCCAAGUCCAAGCUGGCUAGGCCAAUCCAGGAGCUGGUGGAGAUGCUGUUUGACAUCGAGAAGAUGGAGAGCGCUCUCAUUGAGUUUGAGAUUGACAUGAAGAAGAUGCCACUCGGCAAGCUAUCUAGACGUCAGAUCGAGAACGCGUACAAAGUCCUCAAUGAGGCACUCAAGGAAAUGGAGGGCGCUAAGAAUGCCACACGUUUGCUGGACGCGUCCAAUCGCUUCUACACACUGAUCCCACACGACUUUGGCAUGCAGAAGCCGCCGCUGCUAGACAACGAUGAUCUCAUCAAGAGUAAAUGCACUAUGCUGGACAGCUUGUUGGAGAUUGAGGUGGCGUACAAUCUGCUGAAGCAGAGCGGUGGAAACGAAGCCGAUGAUCCCAUCGACCUCAACUACAAGAAGCUCAAUACGGAUAUGGAGGUGUUAUCUCAUGACCAUCCUGAAUUUAAGAUGAUCAAGACUUACAUUGCUAACACACAUGCCUCCACUCAUAACCAGUAUGAACUGGAGCUACUCGAGGUGUUCAAAGUGGAGCGUGAGAGUGAGAAUGAUCGCUACAAGAAGUUCUGUACGGACGACAACAGGAUGCUGCUUUGGCACGGCUCCCGCACCACCAACUUCUGCGGUAUUCUGUCGCAGGGCUUGCGGAUUGCACCUCCCGAAGCGCCAGUUACUGGCUACAUGUUCGGUAAAGGUGUCUACUUUGCUGACAUGGUGUCUAAGUCAGCUAAUUAUUGCCGCACCUCUCCCACUGACAACAUUGGCAUGCUCUUGCUCUGUGAAGUGGCGUUGGGUGGCAUGUACGAGCGCACACACUCCGAGUAUGUGAAUAAACUACCAUCUGGAAAGCUCAGCACUAAGGGUAUUGGACGCACUGCACCAGAUCCGAGCGGUGACAAGACGUUGGACAAUGGCUGUGUUGUACCCAUGGGCAAGGGUGCCAAUGUCUACAAGGGACAGACUAGCCUGCUUUACAACGAAUUUAUUGUGUAUGAUGUGUCGCAAAUCCAGAUGAAGUACCUUCUUAAGGUAGACUUCAAGUACAAGUCGAGGUCCUGGUUUUGAUUCGGCUUCAACUACAUACAAGUAGUAUGCAAGUAGUAUGGAUGCACUGCUGCUGCUUCUACUGCUCACUGCUAGCAGCUUGUUGCAGUUAAUGAUGCAAUAACACACUGCCCAGUGCUACUAGCCCAGUACAGUAUACAGUGUAGUAGCGUGGUGUCUGCACCCUGCGCCCUAUGAAUCUAUGAUCCUGGUGGACUUCUUGUUCAGUGCUCGGAUUCACGGUCUUGUUGUGAACGUUCUUCAGCGUCCUAAGUGUCACCGGGCGCCAACCCCGGUUUGUGACGGCUUUUUAUUAUGAUAAAUAGCAAGCUGGUAUUUGUGUGUGUGUGUGUGCGUGUGCGCGUACGUGUAUGUGUGUGGGUGGAUGCAUGUGUGUGUGUGUGUGCCUCAGAGCGUAAGUGUGUACGUGUACUCGCUCUGUACAGCAUUGGGUGUAGCCGCCAUAUUUUUGCAAUGACUAUUUUAUUAACGAAAUAUGUGAAGAUUUGCUUACUGUUUUUUAUGCUUUUUUUCAAUCAUUCCGGUGUUAUUUUUUAUGUCGUUUCCUUGUUUCCUUCAUCAAGGUAGUGCUUCCUUUGA